AUGGGUGCUACAGCCGUCACUGGACGGUCAGGUCUGGCUGCUGCCAAGUCUGCGCUCAAGGCCAUCAGCUCCUCGUGGGUCCACACGCCACCGGCAAGGAGAUGUGCCCUCUACGCGGCGCGCAUAUUUCACCUCGUGCUAUACAGGAGAUUUGUAGAUGGCGUGAAGCCGCCUACAAUGCUGGCGCUGUUCCAAGCCUCGCUCGUCCUUGGAUUGUACAUAUUCUCCAUGCCUGAAUCGAGCACCGACGACGAGGUCUUUGCCCUCAUGGGUGAGAACAUUGAUUGA